AUGUCUUCCGAAUCAAACCGACAUAACGACUCGGAAACACGAACCAAUUCAUUCAGCGGACAUAAACUCACCAUUAUCUCUCUUUUGACCGUCCUCGCGGCUGUACUCAUUACCCUAAUUUGGGGAGAAACCGCCAAUCUGUUCGGUCUCCGACGUCUUUUCGGAUCUUCCGCGCGCCUAGCGGCAGAACCUCUAUCAGCUUCAGCAUCUGCAGUAACAGCAACAUCGAAGGGACAAUCAGACAUGAAGACACCCAUUUACUUCCUCAGCCAUGGCGGGCCAAACAUUAUGUACGACGUCGAUCACCCAGCUUACCGCAAGCUCGGUGAAAUCGGCCGCGAGAUAACUACCAAGGUCAAGCCGAAGGCUGUGGUAGUAUUCUCGGCGCAUUGGCAAGCCGGUCGAGAUACGAUCCAGGUGAAUACCGCCGAGAAGACUGAUUUGAUCUAUGACUUCGGUGGCUUCCCAGGCCAUUACUAUAAAGAGAAGUACCCGCACGUGGGUAGCAAGGAGGUAGCGAAUGAAGUGUUGAGGUUGUUGAAAGAAGCCGAUAUCCCGGCCGAGGGCGUGAAGCGCGGACUCGACCACGGCGUCUGGGCCAGCUUCAAGUGCGCCUUCGAGCCUGACUCAAACCCAUUGAACGUUCCCAUCGUGCAAGUCUCGCUCUUCCAAACCGAGGACCCAGACCAGCACUAUCGUCUCGGACAGGCGGUUGCCAGUCUUCGCGAGCAGAACAUUCUGAUCAUCGUGUCUGGGAUGGCGGUGCAUAACCUACGGGAUCUGCGGUUUGCUUUUGGCAGCUCGACCCCGAUGCCAUAUGCUGUUAGCUUUGACAAGGCGCUCAAGGAUGCCGUUACGUCUGCGCCGGGUGAACGGCAGAAGGCCAUGGCUGAGCUGUUGAAGAGACCAGAUGCACGCCAGGCUCAUCCUUCCUUUGAGCAUCUGCUGCCUAUUCAUAUUGGGGCUGGUGCUGCGGGCGAGGAUCUGGGUAAGAGGACCUGGACUUUGCCCGAGGGGAGUAUGAGCUGGGCGCAAUAUCGGUUUGGCGAGGUUGGCAAUGCCAGUAGCACGUUAUGA